AUGGGAAAUGUGAAACAAGCAUACAGCAAGGACCGGUCACCAGAGCAGAAUCAGCGUGGACUUCGUGCAGUAUUCGUCGAGUACCAGCCAACCAAAGACACGAGCAGCUCGCUGCGUCCCUUCCACCACGCAAGGGUGGUAGUGACGGAAGUGGGCCAGCAUCUCAACGGAGAACCUCUCAAUGCGCAAUCCUCAGGGUUCGUCUACGACAGACAUGAUGGCGUCGUCAUUGGCACUACCACCAAGGACAAGGUCUUAGCACGAAAGGACCCCUAG